AAAGCCGAGUCGAAACGUUUCUGCUGCUAGACAAUUUUCACUGAACUGCCAUUCCGUGUCGUGCAUUUUAUAUGAUCGGAUCGAUUCUUGCAUUUUUCUCAUUAUUUUCAUCAGCGAUGGCAGCCAACAAGGAACGUACCUUCAUCAUGGUCAAGCCAGAUGGUGUCCAGCGUGGACUCGUCGGCAAAAUAAUCAAACGCUUCGAGCAGAAGGGUUUCAAGCUGGUUGCUCUUAAGUUUAUGUGGCCUGACAAGGAGCUUCUCGAGAAACAUUAUGCUGACUUGUCGGCCCGUCCAUUCUUCCCUGGACUUGUCACUUACAUGAGCUCUGGACCCGUCGUCCCAAUGGUGUGGGAAGGUUUGAAUGUGGUGAAGACUGGUCGUCAGAUUCUCGGUGCUACUAACCCAGCUGAUUCUGCCCCUGGAACUAUCCGUGGUGACCUUUGCAUUCAGGUCGGCCGCAACAUUAUUCAUGGUUCCGACGCUGUUGAAUCUGCCAACAAGGAAAUUUCCCUCUGGUUCACCGAGAAGGAGCUGGUUGCGUGGACCCCAGCGAAUGAGGGAUGGGUUUACGAAUAGACGCCUAGCAGAAUACAUUCUUGUUACACGUAAGCUAAGUACAAUUACUUUCCAAUACGUCCCAAAAGUGGAAAAGAAAUUGCGAAAAAACGGAAAGAUGAAAAAAAUGAAUGAUGAGAUGCAAGAAAAUUUUAA